AUGGAGGAAGAAGAGGAGGAAUGUUUGCAUUAUUUGACUAAAUUAGAGAUUGAAGAAUUUGAGGAUAUUAAAGCUGGUUAUAAAAUUAAGUUUACAUUUGAUGUCAAUCCUUAUUUUGAAAAUACUGAAAUUUUCAAAGAAUAUAAUUGGUCAGGUGCUGACCCGCGUUGUUCUUCUACUCCAAUCCAAUGGAAACCGGGAAAACAAAAGCAAUUAAUGAAUGGUGCUGGAAAGAAUGGUGCAGAAAAUAGAAGCUUUUUUAAAUGGUUAUGUGAAGAAUCUGAUCCAAUGGCUGAUGAUAUUGCUGAAGUAAUUAAAGACGAUAUUUGGCCAAAUCCACUUCAAUAUUAUUUGGCACCAGAAGUUGAGGCAGCUGACGAAGAAGGGUGUGAAGAAGACGAUGAUGGUGGUUUGACUGAGGAAUAUGGUGGAUAUGAAGAUGGAAAUGGUAAUUUUGGGGGUGAAUAG